GUGUCAGUGGACAACUACGGACCUGACAAAUGAGAAGGUCUACAAAACAGGAAGAAUUGUGUGAUUUGUGAAUUCUGAGGAAUCAGAUACAGAAUGGUUCAAAUAGUCAUUUCAAGUAAUGCUGCCGAAGGUCCAGCCGAAUGGCUGCUGGUGGAGCUGCAAGGAGAAAUGAUGUCCAGACAAAAUACGGGACUAGCAGGAAAUCUGAUGGGGGACCUGCACUACACUAAAGAGGGAUUACCAGUCCUUAUAGUCGGACAUCACAUCCUCUAUGGAAAACAGGUCAAACUGGAGAAGCCCUUUGCUGUUCUGAUGAAACACUCUGGACUUCCUCGGAAUACAGAAGAAACUAUGGAAACCAACCAAGAGAAACCAACAUCUUACACCGUCUCCGCCCUCAUCAAAAAGAAGCUUAUCUUUAAAACUCGACCUAAACCUAUUAUCACUAAUGUGCCGAAGAAAGUAUAACUUAUGUCCAGAUAUCAGAGACUUAACUGAUCAGCACAAUAUUCUAGAUUUGUAACCAUAUGUUGUUUGGAAUAGUGGAUUAGUAUUUUAGUGCAUUUAUUGUUUACAUACAUUGUUGUAUUUUUGUGUGUUUAUUGACAAUAAUGAUGAACAAAUAUAAAUGUUGUAA